AAAAUGUAAUGAAAGUCAGUUGAGUUCAGUGUUGUUUUAGAUGCUAUUUUUACAUUUUUCAAAAUAGCUUUUGUGUUCCACAAUGAACCCCUUCAAGAAAUCCCUUUGACCAUCAUCAUCACAUCAAUAAAGCAGGCGUGUACAAACUGUGGGAUUUUAUGCAGUGACAAUCAGGAUUUUAAGGUAACAAACCUUCUUAAAGGCAUGCAAGGUCAGAGGUCGGACCUUAUAGACUAAUGGGUCCAAACAGAAGAUGGGACCUCCCAUAUCUUGUGUACUUCUACAAUAGAGUUUGUACUUACUUUAUUCAAUUACAAGACAGUGGUCAUUGUUUAUGGUCUAACUUUAAAGGUGAGGUGUAAAGUUUCAAGGUUUGCCUUAAGGUAAUGGUACCUUAUCCACAAAAGUGAAUUGUUCUUAAAAACUCGAGCAACCAUACUGAAUGACAAAUGACCUUGUUUUGGCCCAAUCCUGCGGAAGUCCUCUAUAACUCACGUCUCCUACUCACACAUGCAUAUAUAAAUAACAGACUGAAGCAGAUCAGAGUUAAUCCAGCAGUGACUUUGAGAAGAUAAAGGAUCUUUAACAGCAAGGAUAACUUUGAGAUUUUCUCUGGGCUGCUGAGAUUCAUUUAACAGUCAUUAAUUGAUGAAGAGCAGAUAGCUGACAUGGUUCUACUCAGCCUCUUGGUUUUGGGUGCGCUGGUUAAAGGCCACCUGGCUCUAACUGCUAGUGAUUGUGGGACUUCCUUCAGGCGUCCAGCGUACACGGACAUUGCAGUGUAUUGCGGGACCCAGUCUAUAAAUCUGGCCAUCCAGGUUUGCCCGGUCAUUUACACUGGAUAUAACGAGAGCCUGUUGUUUCUGAAUCAAGUCAGAAAUGAUCCGUUGUGUCGCGGCACGAUAGACUCGACAGUCAAUCCUCCAGUCGUGCGCUUCAGCUUCCCGCUAACACAAUUAGACGCCUGCGGCAGCAUCUUCCGUACCACCAGCGCUCCAGGGACAGGGAUCUUCUCGGACUUCUCUAACAUCCAGACAGUGAAUGUCAGCGGGGUGGUCACAUCUUUUGACCCCACAAUAGGAACAGUGACCUACAACGCCGAGCUGAGCUAUUUUUACUCCUGUGCAUAUCCUCUCCAGUACCUGAUCAACAAUACACAAGUUGAUGUGUCAUCCUCCUCCAUUGCAGUGAUUGACAACAAUGGUAGCUUCAUCAGCACUUUAAGCAUGCAGCUCUUCAAAGAUAUAAACUACACAACUCCACUCGUCAUCCCUGCUUUUGGUGUAGAGCUCAGAACCAGAAUCUACGUGCAAGUCAUCGCAGCAAACUUGACUUCACAGUAUCAUGUUCUGCUGGAUCGAUGCUAUGCCUCCAUCUCAGCCUUACCUUCAAAUUCAACCUUUUUCAACCUCUUCGUCCCGUGCUCUCAGGAUCAGUUUACCACCAUGUCGGAGAAUGGAAACAGUCAGAAGGCUCGCUUUAGCUUCCCGGCCUUCCGCUUUAUUGAGCAGCAGAACCAGACCAUUUCCACCUACUACCUGCACUGCAUCACCAGGCUGUGUGAAACCAGCACCUGCGCACAGUUCAAGCAAUGCAACAGCAGGAGGAGACGGGAAACACAGACAACGAAAAUUAAAGAUGGAGUCUCAGACACCACCCUCAUCACCUCAGGACCUAUUAGGAUUAAAGCAGAAACCCCUCUCAGCACUAAGGAAGAAGCCGUGAGCAGCGCACAGAAGGACAGUGGUAAUGGGGCGUCUACAGGACUGGGCAUCGCUCUGGCCGUCCUCAUCAUUGUAGGCACUGUUGCUGCCCUCUUGGCCGUGACCUUUUACCGAAGACUUAAGAUGCUGCGUUAACUUCCCGUGAUCCCAGAGCUCUUUUUGUGUACAACAGCACUGGUGAAGAUGGAAACUGGGGAUCCAUUUUAUUAAUAUCUGACUUUUUCAAUUAAAAAGCUUUGUCGGCAUAGAAGACAACACGAUUGUCAUUUGAAAUGCAAAUAUUGCAGCCAAAAAUAUAUGUCAAUAUAUAAUAUCUUAUACACUUAAGGCACUAAUAUAUUUAAAUGCACACCAUUUUAUUUUAUAAGCAAACAUGUACAGAGGGCAUUUGGUGUGAGAAAGAGGAUUACAAAGGGAGCAAUGCUUGUGUGUCGACAGUGGUUUUAAAAGGAUAUUUGUGCAGAUAAAACAUUUUAUCUAUUUAAAACUGCUUUGCAAUUUGUCGUAAUGGAUUCGUGCUCAAGCUGUGCCACAUUAAAGCAGGAUUUAAGGCUUUAGGAUUGACAGGUUUGAAAGAACAUUUAAAAAAAAAUAUUACAGCUGCAUGAAGAGCCUCGCUUUGAUUUAGCGAGCUUGAGUCUUAUUAAUGAGGAAUGAAUGUUUCAUUUUGGAAAAGUGAUUGUAAGAAUGCCUAUUUUAAUUCAGAUGCUUCAGCAUAUGCAAUAUAUGACAGAUUUAGACAGGUGUUUUUUGAAACUGUUUUUAGAGUUUGUACUUUUGUUGCAUGCAAUGUCAUUAAUAAAGGCUUGUAGGAUUGUGA